AUGGGAGACACGGCCGACACCUCGGAGGACGCUGCGCAGCUCCAGCUGGCCGACUUCGUGGUCGAUGAGCAGCCCAGCAGCUUCCUGAAGCUCACGAUGAGCCGUCGCAUCAAGGACAAGGCCAUCGCGGAGCCCAAGCUCAUCCCGUUCCUGCUGCAGCUGCUGGAGACCGAUUCGCCCUCAAGCGCUUCAGACGAUACUUCCAUCGUGGAGCGCGUGCUCUACGGCACGGGAUCUCGUCGCGUAGUGUUGCUGGAGCUUUCCAGUGUCGAUGCAGCUCAGAAGCUGCGCGAGUUGCUGCACGAGAAGCCCUGCGAGCUGCUGGGACGUCGGCCCAUGUACGCGGAAUUCGCCAUGCCCCGGAAGGAGCAGGAGGCGCGCGACCGCCUGCUGAGGGUGCACAACCUGCAACGCAACGCUGAUCCCCCGGGGCUGAGAGUCCCCGGACUCAGAUUUGAGGCCGAGUUCAUCACCAAGGAGCAGGAGGCGGCCUGCGUUGCGUUCUUCGAGCGGGAGAACGGAGCCCACUGGGCCAACACCAUCCGAGCGCGACAGGUGCAGCACUUUGGCUACGAGUUCAACUACGACACACGGCGGUGCGACCCCGAUCAGCCCAUGAAAGAACCCAUUCCGGAGGUGCUGCAGCCCAUUAUUGAGAAGAUCGCGCGGUGCGGGAUCAUGGAUGGCGACGAACCCGACCAAAUUACGGUGAACGAGUACCUCCCCGGACAAGGAAUUGCCUUCCACUUGGACACCCACUCGGCGUUCACGACCACCAUCGCGUCGCUGAGUAUCUGCAGUGAAGUGGUCAUGGACUUCCGACACCCGGACGGGGUGCGGAACGAAGGCGUGCUGCUGCCGGCGCGGUCGCUGGCGGUCAUGAGCGGAGCCAGUCGCUACAUGUGGGAGCACGCCAUCGUGCCGCGUACAUUUGACGUAAUCGAUGGCAAGCAGGUGAAUCGUCAACGGAGAGUGAGCAUCACGUUCCGCAAGAUCCGAUCGGGGCUGUGUGAGUGCCCGUUCCCCAAGUACUGCGAUACCCCGGGUCGGGAUGGCCAGGAGGCUGCGGGGGAUGAUGAACAGGGAUCUGUCGCUGAAGAGACGACGAGCUUGGCGCCUACAGCGUUGGAGCAGCAGUAUGUGCACGAGUUCUACGAGACUGUAGCGGCGCACUUCAGCAGCACCCGCCACAGUCCGUGGCCGCGAGUUGCUCAAUUUGUGUCGUCGCUGCCUAGCGGGUCUAUGAUCGCUGAUCUCGGAUGCGGCAACGGCAAGUACAUGAACUCGCGCCUCGUUAAAAUCUGUCGCGAUCGCGGCCUUGAGGCGAUGGUGUGCGACGCGCUGGCCGUUCCGCUGCGCUCGAACUCGUGCGAUGCAGCGCUGUCGAUCGCUGUGCUCCACCAUCUCAGUACACUCGGCCACCAACUGGCUGCAGUGAAGGAGCUCCUUCGUGUUUUACGUGUUGGAGGCCGUGGAAUCAUUUACGCUUGGGCGCAUGAGCAAAUGAAGGGCUCUCGUCGGCGCUUUGAGGAGGGCCGACAGGACUUUAUGGUGCCGUGGAACCUGGACAAGCGUUUCGCCUUUUCCACUGAAGAAUCCUCGACUGAGACUGACGCUGCAGAAACUAGUCAAGAAGAUGAGCAAGCUGAAGAAUCCCCGAAGGACUCGAGUGAGGAAGGGGACGAUGCUAACGCUGGUGAUAGAUCGAGCUCUAAGGUGCAAGCGCGCGUGGUGAUGCAAAGGUAUUGCCACAUGUUCAAGCAAGGCGAGCUCGAGAGUCUGGUGGCACUUGCAGGCAACGCCGAGGUGGAGGAAAGCUACUAUGACGAGUCGAACUGGGCUGACGAUGGAUGCGCAUCGUAUACACCCGGUCCGAUGGUGUGUGCACUGGCGUGGCCUGCUGCGAUCAUGGACGUCAGCAAGUCUCGACUGGCCACGAGACCGAAGGAGGUGGUUGGUUUGUGUCUAAUAGACGGCAAUGGGGAUUGCUGGAAGCAGUCGGGUCGAGUGCAAGCGCCCUCAUCAUUCUUGGCACUGUCACCGUUGCUGGUUGAUUUUCGUCGAUGA